GCGCAACUUCAAUGGCCGACAGGUCUAGCCUUGAGUCCUUUGGACGGUUCCCUUCAUUUCGUGGACGACAGAUUAAUCUUGAAGUUAACGGCAGAUCUGAAAAUCAAAGUGGUAGCGGGAACGCCUCUACAUUGCCACAGGGAAGACAACAGCACGAACAACGAAGAUAUACUGGGUACUGUUCUGGCGUUGACCUUCGCUUCCAAUGGUGAUCUAUACAUCGCUGAAUCAGAUUCUCACAGUGUUUACUAUGUUAGAACUAUAGAUACAUCUGGUAAAAUAACCCACUUUGCCGGCAAAAUCCCCGACAAAUCGAAAAAGACCUGCGAAUGCCCGCUAAACCUGACCACAACCAACCCCUUGGGCCGAAAUCAAGACCAAUCCCCAUCGCCGACUUGUGCCUGCAGCUUCACUGAGGAAACAACUAGCAACGCCGAAACGUUGCUGGCGUCCAACGCCCGCUUCCAAUCGAUCUCAGCCUUGGCCGUCUCUCCCGGCGGAGUCCUUCACGUCGCCGAUCAAGGAUCGCUGCACAUAUUAUCCUUGGAGCAUUACUUGCCGACUCACGACGAGAAUGGGGAGUUUCGAAUUCCUUACCCCGCUGCCGGGGAGGUGUAUGUUUUUAAUAGGUACGGACAGCACGUGGCGACGAAGGACCUCGCUUCGGACAAGACGAGAUAUACUUUCCUCUACUCGAAGAAUACCAGUUUCGGCAAAUUAUCCACAGUUACUGAUAGCUCCGGUAAUAAAAUCCAGUUCUUGAGGGAUUACAGCAACGCUGUUAGUUCCAUAGAGAACACUCAAGACCACAAGUCGGAGCUGAAGAUCAACGGGGUCGGGUAUUUGGUUAAACUGAGCGAAAAAGGACGGGCUGAUAUCGAUCUGGAUUACGACAUGAAUACGGGGUUGCUUUUGAGUCGUUCUGGGGGUACCGAAACUUACAUUUACGAGUACGAUUGGUUAGGAAGAGCCACAGGAGUGAUACUGCCCAGCGGGGAAACCCUGAGACUUGGAGCCAUGAUAUCCAGCGGCGGAAGUCUGAAGAUAUCUGUCAGUGAACCAUCAACUGUUUUGAGUGUGUAUGGAAAAAGAAACAAACACGUGUUGAUAAUUGACAACAAAGAAAUUACCGAAGCCGUCUCACUCACGAACUCAACAGUUGCUCUGAACUCCGCCUACGACGCCUUCAUGAAAGUCUCCGCCAUAGCUCGGCAUCCUCUUCUCGAAGCUUCCUUACCUGUGGAGGCUGAACUUCUACCUGUUUGGUCGGAACAGACAGUAGUCUUCGGCGAUGGCAUUGAAAACACGAUGUCCACCUCCUUCAGCCUCGUUGGUGACGUCAGGAACCCUCAGCAAACCCUCUACCGGGAAAUCUACGUGAACCGCACUAAAGUUUUGGGCAUCGAAUUCGACCAGUUCACCAGCAAGGAGACAUUUUUUGAUCAUGACAAGAUGCCGUUGCUCACCAUUACAUAUGAUCCGGCUGGAUUACCACUUCUGUACACCCCUUACAAUGGAGCUGAUCCGUUGAACAUCACUUACGACAAUUUCAAUAGGAUCGACAGCUGGAAAUGGGGGGUUUCUGAGUUGAAGUACAGCUACGACAGGCAUGGUUUGCUCUCUGAAGUAAGCAGCCCUCUGGAUGGAACCAGAAUAUACACCUACGACGACACCAACAUGCUGUCCAAGAUCACUUUGGCUAGCCAGAGGAGCUUCACUUUGAGCUACGAUGAUGACGGGGGUCUGCGGCAUGUAACCUUGCCCAGCGGUACUAAACAUUCCUUCAGUCUUCAACCGACCAUGGGAUUCCUGAGAGCUACCUACACUCCUCCUGGCACUACCAGAUCCUACCUGCAGCAUUUCCUCCAUUCUGGCAGGCUUCUGCAGACCAUCUUUCCCGGAGAAGGAGCUAGACUGGUGUAUCGCUACUACGACAAUGGUAGACUCAAAGAGGUAGUUCAUGGUGAUGGAAAGACAAUGUACCAGUAUUCAGAAACUUCUGGGCUACCCAGUCAGGUCAACCACGUAGAGCAAGAUCUGGAAUAUAGAUGGGACUACCAGUUUGUAGGCGGUUUGCUAGUGGAAGAACGAAUAGACUUUGGAGCAAAAACUGGUUUGAGUAACGCCAAGUUCACGUACGAUUACGACAACAACUAUAGACUAGUAAGUGUACAGGGGAGAAUCGGUGGGCAAAAUUUGCCGCAGAAUAAUCUGGCGUACAAUUACAAAACUGGUGCUCUGGAAACGACUGGGCCGUUCAAGAUAAUCAAGCCAAGAGUGAACGAGACAAAUAUCUAUGAUGGCACUGCUCUGUUCUCGAGUACCAUUGACUCCAGGUUCCUGGAAACAAGAGUGGCUCUUGUCAUUCAUAGUAUGGAGGUGUUCAGAAUGGAGUUUAGUUACGACAUGCAUGGGAGGAUUUCACAAACAAGGACAUACACAAAAAAUGUUGGAGUGAACACUUACACGAACGUGAAAAAUUACACUUGGGAUUGUGACGGUCAACUUUUAGGAGUUGAGGCCCAAGAACCAUGGGGCUUCAGAUACGAUGAUAAUGGAAACAUGCUCUCAUUGACAUACAGGGGAAACACAAUACCCAUGGAAUACAACGUUAUGAACAGGAUAAUCAAAUUCGGAGAAGGACAAUACAAAUACGACAGUAGGGGAUUAGUUAUACAGAAUGCCAGAGAAGAAAAAUUCCACUACAACGCCAAAGGAUUGCUCGUUCGUGCAACUAAGAGAGGCAGAUUUGAUGUUCGAUAUUUCUAUGACCAUAUGGACAGACUUUCAGCGAGAAAAGAUAAUUUCGGGAACGUCACCCAGUUUUUCUACAACAAUCAACAAAGACCUGGAGAAGUGAGCCAAAUAUACUCACCCAGAGAUGGAAAGCUCAUGUCACUGGUCUACGACAAGAGAGGUCAUCUGGUAUAUGCCCAAGUAUACCGACAUAAAUACUACAUCGCUACAGACCAGUGUGGAACGCCGAUAAUGAUAUUCAAUCAGUACGGAGAAGGUAUUCGAGAAAUCAUGAGAUCACCCUACGGGCAUAUCGUGUACGACUCCAACCCUUAUCUGUACCUACCAAUCGAUUUUUGUGGUGGAAUACUGGAUCAGGUGACUUCCCUAGUUCAUAUGACGAAUGGUAAGGUGUAUGAUCCGCUGAUAGGCCAGUGGAUGUCUCCUCUGUGGGAGAAUGUUCUGGAACGGAUAGCCAAUCCAACACAACUCCAUUUGUAUAGGUUCAAUGGAAAUGAUCCUAUUAAUGUCAAACUCGACAGGAAAAGACCUCAAG